UUCUGCUAUUUUGAAAUUUUCUCUUUAUUGACUAUACUUUAUCUAACCUCAAAUAAUUUAACCACUUGAUUGUAUAUUUUUUAAAUAUAGAGUUGGAGUUUAAAGUCAAUAGUAAUACAAAAAAUUACCCGACAACAUGUGAUUUGAGUGAAAUGCGUGAAUGAUGUGGUUAUUUUAAAAUAAUCUUUAAUUUAUCUUGAUUCAAUAAAAGCUCAUAAAAUGAUAUUUUCGUGAUUGUGGGCAUGCCAAUGGAACAAGAAAAAAUAGGUGCAGUACAACAGUUGGACAAAAAAUUGAUAAGUCUGGUGAAAGAGAGACCAGCGCUUUAUGAUCCCAGAUACAUCGAACAAGAUAAAAUAAGGGAGACCAAACAGGCUUUGUGGCAUGAAAUUUGCACACUCUUAGAAGGGCAAUUGGAUGCAAAUACUGCCAAAGCUCGAUGGAAAUACUUGAGAGAGAGUUAUAUGAAAGCUAAACAUAAAACAAAAAUCAAAGAAGAAGUUGCCAAGCGAUUUGGUACUCCGCUAUUACAACCAAAACUUAGAAAACACUCUUUCAGAUACCACGAACUCAUGGAAUUUCUAGAGGAUUCCAUACGUUACCAAUCGGAGAAACUUGCACCAAUCAAAGAACUGAGGAAAGUUCCAAAAGUUCCAAAUAUAAUUAAAAGAGUGGUUCCAAUAGCUCCAAAGCCUUCUGUACUACAAGUAAACAGUGCAGAUUUACAAGCUAGCAUGGUCGCUAAUAACAUUGAUAAUGUAGCGCCUUUUACACUUGUACAUAUACCAUCUACAUCAUCUCCACAGAAUUCUAAUAGAAACGAUUCUUCGACAAACAGUAAUGGUGAUGCCGCAGUUACUGAUUAUGACAAGAUUUUCUUGGAAUGUCUGCAAAAACCCAUAGAGCAACCUUCACCAGUCGAUGGUUUUUUAAUUAGAUUGGGAGAAGGGUUGAAAAAAUUACCUUACCGAGAAAGAUCCAAGCUCGAAAUAGAGUUUUUACAACGGUUGUAUGAAGUUGAAGAGCAGUUGGACAAUUGUGAUGAAAUGUCGGAGGAAAAGAUUGAUCUUCAGUUAUGA